AUGCAGAUGCCAACUGCUGGUCUGAAGCUCCAACAUCUGGAGAGCCGUGAGGAGGCGCCCUUGGACUCCAACGCGUCAACAUCGUGUGGCGAGUCAAGCGUCUCCAACGAUUCCAAGGUUGGGAAGGAGACUCCCAAGGCCAAUCGGUCGGAUCGGCGUGGACAGCGAGGACAGCGGUAUGUGAACUCUCGGAACAUGCCAAAGUCCUGUGCUCCACCGAUACAAGUGGAGGCGGAUCGACGUGAGGAGAGGAUUCCCUCGGUGGCUGAAGUCCUGAUGCAGUUCACGGAAGGCAAAACGACGGUGAUGGUCCGAAACAUUCCAAGCUGCUACAACUGUGAGGAAUUCCUCGGUGAUGUCGUUGUCCCGAACUUCGACGAGAAAUUCGAUUUCUUCUACUUGCCGAUUGACUUCAAGACCAAGAGAAAUCGUGGAUAUUGCUUCUUGAACUUCCACUCGAAUGCGAUCGCAAGGGACUUCGUUGGCACAUUCCAUGGCCAGAGCUUGACACGGCAUCCCACCAAGAAGAUCCUGGACAUGCGUCCUGCUGACAACCAGGGCUUGAAGAACAACAUGAAGAGUCUCAAGCGCCAGACUCUCAGAUCUCAGGCUAUGUCAAUCCCUUGGUCUCCAGGUGCCAAGCCUCGCGUGAAGAACCAGUGGUUUCGGCCCAUGGUCUUUGGCUUGACGGAGGACGACCAAAAUAAGAUCUGU